GCUGGACCUUUGGGGUCAAGAUCUGAACUGCUAAAAUUGUCUGCAUUGUCAUCACUUAAUUCAUCAUGCCGUGCCCUGUUUUUUAUACCUGCUUGGACCCACCCAAACAAAUAGGCUGUAAGGAAUCUGGAGGUGGAAACAGAGUGAAAACUUUAAGGAGAAAGGCCCCCCGAGACUUGGGGUGGUACUGAAGGACAGCACCAACGUUUUGGCCACCGCAAUGAACUUUUCCCAGGAUUCCUUUACUCUCAAUGUCGGGGGUGCAAAGUAUUCAUUCUCUCAGGAGCUGAUUAAGGAUUUCCCUCUGCGACGGGUGAGCAGGCUACACAACUGUUCUUCGGAGAAAGAUGUUCUGGAGGUGUGUGACGACUACGAUAAGGAGAGGAAUGAGUUUUUCUUUGACAGGCAUUCUGAAGCCUUUGGCUUUAUCAUGAUGUACGUCAAGUAUGGCAAACUGAGGUUUGUGCCCCAGAUGUGCGAGUUGUCCUUUUACAACGAGAUGAUCUACUGGGGCUUGGAGUGCUCUCAACUAGAGUACUGCUGCCAGAGGAGGCUUGAUGACCGCAUGUCGGACACUUACACCUACUUGUCCGACGAGAGCAAGCCUGAUGAGAGUACCGUGAAAGAAGACCUUCCACCUCCUGAGGACAAGAAGUGGCUGGAACGCAUGAGAAUGACUUUUGAGGAACCUACCUCAUCCCUGGCAGCUCAGAUCUUGGCAGUGGUGUCCAUACUGUUUGUCAUUGUUUCCAUGGUGGUCCUGUGUGCCAGCACCCUGCCCGAUUGGAAGACAGCAGAGAAUAGGAGCGUGGAGGAGCACAGGUGCUUUUCCAGGGGCGACCCUGGAAAAGCACCCUCCCAGAUAAUUGAAGCUAUCUGCAUCGGCUGGUUUACGGCAGAGUGCAUCGUCAGGUUCAUUGUCUCAAAGAAUAAAUGUGACUUUGUCAGAAAGCCCUUGAACAUCAUUGACAUGCUGGCCAUCUCUCCCUAUUAUGUUUCCGUCAUCAUGACUAUUUUCACAGACGAAAACCCCCAACUGCAGAGAGCUGGGGUGACCCUGAGGGUUCUGAGGAUGAUGAGAAUAUUUUGGGUUAUAAAACUUGCCAGACACUUCAUAGGCCUGCAGACUUUAGGCCUCACUCUGAAGCGUUGCUAUCGGGAGAUGAUCAUGCUGUUGGUGUUUAUUUGUGUCGCCAUGGCAAUAUUUGGUGCACUCGCUCAGCUUCUGGAGCACGGCCUGGACCUUGAAACAAAGAACGAGGAUUAUUCCAGCAUACCCGCGGCCUGCUGGUGGGUGAUCAUUUCCAUGACCACCGUGGGCUAUGGAGACAUGUAUCCGAUAUCUGUCCCCGGCAGGAUACUUGGCGGAAUUUGUGUCGUCAGUGGGAUUGUUCUCCUGGCCUUGCCUAUAACGUUCAUAUACCACAGUUUUGUACAGUGUUACCACGAACUGAAAUAUAAAUCUGCCAGAUAUGGCAGGACUUUAUCAAAUGAAUUCUUAAACUAAUAAGCUCAAAAGCUUUGUUAUAUAUUUAUUUUAUUACGCAAUGGUAGCCAAUGCUACUUCAAUUACAGUAUCCCACAGGCAGCACAAGUAGGAAACAAGAUGGCACUC